GAAGUUAAUAUUAUUAUAAUAUUACUUUAAGAAGAGGGAUAAAAGAACAAUAAUCCCUACGAUCAUCACAUACUAAGUUCAGUUGAUACUUCAAGCCAACUUUUAACAGCUUAAUACACAUAUGACCACUUUUCAUAAGAUUUCUUGAUUGUUCCCUUUUACACAUUUAUUCUUUCUGAAAGAUUUCUUAGCCCUCUUGAAUAGUUCUAUUAUAACUAUAUCCUUUACAACUUUUCUUUCAUGUCUUUCAACUAUUGUGAUAAUAAUACUGCUUAUAUUUCCUGUUUGAUCGAGUUUACUAUAAGAAAUAGUAAAUCUAACUUUCGGAAGAUUUUUACUUCCUCUUUAAGUUGUAAGGACUUUCAGUUUUCUAUAUCUGAAGAUAUUGUUGAUAUAGAUGAACUACCAUGUCAAUUGGUAUGCAAUGUUGGCGACUUACUUCCAGAGCCUACUGAAGGCUCAGUUGGAGUUUGUACAGGAUCACUUUGUGAUUUUGGAGGAAGUAUUGGUAUAAAAAUCACAGUAAGCAAUGUGAACGAGUAAGUUAAAGUAUUUUUCAUUUCCUCAGAUAUGAAUGCUUUCUAUUCAAAGAAGCUUUACCAUUUAAGCUAAUUAAUAAAGCAGAUUUCCAGGGAAUCCUACUGAGUCAGAGUUCGAUAGUCAUGCACCACCGAUGGUACCAGCAAAUAUAUUCAUCGUCGGAAAGACUGUGCAAAGUCAUAGAGCUUCAUCAGUUACUAGUUCUUUAGAACCUAGAGGAUGGAGAAGUUUCGAUAUUAGGACUGGGUCUUAUGAUUGGGAAUCACGAGCCCGAAAGUCCUUUACAAUUCGGUGUUUCUUAAAGGAUCAUCCCCGAUGGCAAAGAUUUAAUAUUCCUGAUAUUAAUGAUUUGGUCCAAAUUCAGGAAAGACUAAUUGGAAGACUUAAACAUAAGGAUACUCGGUUUCAAUAUCUCUGUUGUCGUAUUGAAGACUUUUCUGUAUUUGGUUCUCAACCAAAGUCUGAAAGGCCGAGUAUGUCAGGUACUGCUCACGAUAAUAUCUCUCAGACUAAGAAGGGACUAGCAGCUGGCACUACCUAAUCUCUUCAACCAAAAGGCUGGACUGCCCGAUCUAAAUCUCGCAUCAUACAGCAAAACUCAGUCUCUAAGUCUCAUCCC